AUGGGAUUCUCCAGAGCCAUUGGAAUAUGUUCAGUGAUCGAGGCAGAGCUGUGGGGAGUCUUUGAAGGCCUUAAACAUGCCAGACGAAUAAGAGCGAGGAACAUAGCAAUCGAGAUUGAUAAUAUUGAAGCACACUCCAUGCUAACUCGGAGACACCAAGGUUUAACAGCACCUUCGAUACUACACAUAUGGGAGCUAAUGGAGGGGAACUGGUCGGUAACACUGUCAUACGUUCCACGAGAAGCAAACAAGUUGGAUGAUAUCAUGGCGAAACUAGUGCAAAAGGAUGACUUUGCCGGAAGAAUUUUUGAGAAACCUCCGGAGGCAAUACGGUCGAUACUUCAAGAAGACAGACUUGGUCUGAUGGCUGGAGAUUCACGAUAG